GGCGGUUGGCGGCUGGCGUUGAUGUUUGUUAGCAACUUUCGUCCAGCUCGUUAUGGAGGAUGAAAUUAAUGAUUCACGGAUGCGACUUGCUCGCCUUACAAGUUUAUUAGCUAACCUUCGAACAAAAAAUGGGGAAGCAAACAAAACUGAAGAAUUGAAAUCUAAUUUGGAUGUUACAGACCACACUGGUACAAUUAGACAAAUUAUGGCUGAUGGAAAUUUUCCAGAAGACUGGUUUGCAUAUCUUCAGAAGGUGGGAAAGAUGGGUGAUCCACAAACUAAUGCAAGCUUAUUAAAUAAGCUGAUAGAGCUAUAUGAUGAUGCAGUUGCUGCUCUACCAGUUGAGAAACAUCAUGCAAAUGAAUGUUAUGCUCGCAUCCUGAUCUCUUUUGCAAAGCUUAAAAGUUUUGUGGAUAUGGAUGAAGCACAGGAGCAGUUUAACCUGGCUCGAGUCAACUGUAAGAAAUUCGCUUUUGUCCAUGUAGCAUAUGCACAAUUUGAGUUGAGUCGAGGCUCUGUUCGAAAGUGUAGAAGCAUUCUUCAGAAAGCAUUGGAUAUCAAAGCAAGACCACUGGAGUUAUUGGAAGUAGCUUUUCAAAACCUGAAUCAGGGGAAAGCACAACUUGUGUUGUGUGAAGAUUGGGAUAAAGAAAAUGUAUAUGUGCCUGUGAUCAGCCAACAAAGUGUGUUAUUAGCCAACAGUGUCAUGAUAAACAAGGUUGGAAAAAACAGCAAUUGCUCUGGAGAAUUGCACUCUGAACCUGUUUCAUCACUGAGGACUGAUGUGGGUAACCUGGACAAAGAGAAUGAUGUCUCAUUAUUGGAGCAGAAAACAGUCAAGCAGCUGAAAAACAGUACUGGCACCAAGAUCUUGCAAGCAGAUGGUGCCCUUCAGCCAACAAUAAGUGAAGCAGUGAGUGGCUCAAGGAGAUUGAAUGUUUCUUCUGUAAAUAUUCAAACUCGUCCAACUAAAACAACACAUGCUCAGUUGUCAGCCCUACCUGAAGCAGAUUUGUGUGCUUCUGACUUGAAGAAUAGUUCAUCUGGUAUCAAUUUCCCUGAUUUGCAAAGUCCAACAGAUGGUGGGGAAAAUGACUCCCCCAGCUUUUCCUGUGGCAGACAAUUUACUUUAAAAAAGCCAGGAGAUGUAACUCCUGAAAGUCAGAUUCCUCAGGACUCUGAAAAACCAGUAUCUGAAGGGAGACGAGAACAGCUGGAUCCAGCAGUAAAUCCUGACCAAAUUAAGGUCAAAUGUGAGAAAAAGUCUGGCAACCUUAAAGAAAAGGAAUUGGAGGAAUUUAAGUUUCACAAUGUUGAUGUGGAAAAGAAGCAAGAAUGUCCUGCUAUGAAGGGGAAAGAGAUGUUCAGCAGUGGUUUUGAUUACAUGUCACCUGAGUCACAGGCAAGUGAAGCAACUAUGAAGAAGGCUGGUGUAAUGCUUGUUCCAAGGAGAUUUCCAUCCACUAAGGGUGUUGGUAAAAGUGCUGCUUCAAAAGUGUCUGUUUGUCAGACACCAAACACCAAAAUGACCCAUAGCUAUGCAGGCAGUUCACAGACACCAAUUGUGAGCAAAUCUGCAAUGAUACAGGUUUCAACUCCAAGCAAUUUUACUCCAGUUUCCCAGUUUUCCACCAAUUUUCCACCAACUGCAGCAACACCGCAGCAACUUUGUCAGUUUCAGCAAUAUGGAUCUUCUCAAUUUCUGCAGCAGCUGGGGGUUGCAGGGGCGUUUUCCACUAAUGAAAGUAUUGCAGUUAAAAAGAAAAUCUACACCAUAAUAAAGUUACUGGGAACAGGAGGGUCAAGUAAGGUAUACCAAGUUUUAGAUAUGAAGAAACAACUGUAUGCUAUUAAGCAAGUGAACCUGGAAAAUGCAGAUGACCAGGCAAUAGCUGGCUACAAGGAUGAAAUUGAAUUCUUGAAACGUCUACAACCAUACAGUGACAAGAUAAUCAAGCUCUUUGAUUAUGAGGUCACAGAUAAUUGUAUCUACAUGGUGAUGGAAUGUGGUAACAUAGAUUUGAACACUUUGCUGCGAAGGAAAAAGGUAAUCAAUCCACUGGAGCGCAAACUAUACUGGGAAAAUAUGUUGGAAGCUGUUCACACAAUUCAUCAGCAUGGUAUUAUUCAUAGUGACCUGAAACCAGCUAAUUUUCUGAUGGUUGAGGGAAUGCUGAAGUUGAUAGAUUUUGGCAUUGCAAAUGAGAUACAACCAGAUGUGACAAGUAUUAGUAAAGAUGCAUUGGUGGGCACGUUAAAUUUCAUGGCACCUGAAACCAUUAAGGGCAUCUCCUCCAAUGGUGAAAGUAGGCCUAGGUCAAAGAUAAGUCCAAAGAGUGAUGUAUGGUCUCUGGGCUGCAUCUUGUACUACAUGACUUAUGGAAAGACUCCUUUUCAACACCUUACAAACCAAAUCAGCAAAUUACAGGCUAUUACAGACCUAAACCAUGAAAUUCAAUUCCCUGCUAUUGCAGAACAGGAUCUGCUUGAUGUACUGAAGAAAUGCUUAUUACGGAAUCCAAAGGAAAGGAUAUCUGUUUCGGCACUACUUGAACAUCCUUAUGUACAUCUCCAAGUUCAACAGCAAUCAGUAAUGGAACCCAACAAGGAAUCCAGAAAAGAGAUGCAUCACAUCUUAAGUCAGUUGGUAGCUUUGAAUUCACCAAACAGCAUCACAAGGGCAACCAGAGCCUUGUGGGAACAGUGUAACAAAGGUCAUGAUCUUGAUGUGUCUGCCUUUAUGAAACCAUCCCAGCACAAUUUAUAGCAGAUAUAAUGUAUUCCUCCAAGGAAAAAUGUGAUCAAGCCAGAGAAAAGCAGAGUCUUUGGACUGGGCUUUGGAUCUUGCAAUCACAGAAACAUGUAGAACUAUAGAACAUUGAUAAGAUCCUUUAGAAAAUGUCAUGCAGGUGUGUUGCUGCUACUGGUUUGUAAAGCCUGUUUGUGUAAUAUCCCAACAUUUUGUCUUGAAAAUGUUGAAUCUUUAUCUGUGGUAGCAGUAGUAUACAAUACAGCUGAUUUACAAAGUGGAAAGACUAAGGUAGCAACCACAAAUUUACUAAUGUUUUGAAAUUGCACAUUAUUCAUGGUGUUUACAAAUCUAGUAAUGUAUUUCAAGUGUUUCCACAUCAGAUUUAGAAGUUGAGGCUGAAUAGAAUUCAUACUAUUUCAUUAAUCUUGGAAGACCAAUUGCUAUUGCACUUGCCCGUUCCUUUGUAGGUUUUAUGAUAAUUUUGGGUGAGUUCCUGUUGUUUGAGCUAAAUGGGGACCAUCCAAAUUCUUUCUUGUACAGAUACCAUAGAGUACAUUUCAAUCUUUUUUCAGUUAGAGUUUAACACAAGCACCAGAAUUACCAAAAAAAACUUCUAACGCAUCGUGUUACUUUCACACUUGAAGCUUCAGAGCUGAAAUUUGUUCCAUUAGUUGAUAGUUGAACUGUUUAAAGAGAAAUAUUGUGCCAGUGUUUUCUUUCAUGUAAGAUUAAUGUUUGUAAUGUACUUUCCAGCUAACACUAUUCACAACGCUGAGUUGAUCUGUAAAUACUUUUGAUUAUGCCAUUUAUUAAAAUUGAUCUAUGCUGGAUGUAUAUGUAGUACUGUUUUUUUUAAAAAAAAUACUCUUGGCUCAAAGUAUGUUGUGAUUUAACUAAUUCCAAUUGUUACUAAUGUACAUUACCAAAUUUAUAAAUGCAAAUAAAAAACUUGCAAAAAGUGCA